AACCUCGCGCGGUAUAGUCUUAUUGUCUGCUACUGUCUGGUCUGAGGCAUUGUCAUUCCUCGUCCUCGUUCCUUGAUCAGCAAGCAUCGACAACCAUGCCCAUCAACACUAGCUUUGCUUUGCCAGAGGCAGCAAAUGCCCUUGUGUUGCCGAAGAGCCCCACUGGGGCGUUCUUCCUCACGUCCACCACAUCUGACCACCCAGACACCGGGUAGUCAUGGUGUCCUGACGUAAGGGCUGCUUUACCACACAUCAAAGCUGCCUUCUCGGCGGACAGUGCACCAGAAAUGGCUUUCUUUGAGGUUGGACAGAGGCCAGAAUGGAAAGUCGCUACCAAUGUUUUCCGAACCAAGUGGAACGUACACAAUGUGCCAACGAUUGUGCGUUAUCAGCGCCUUGUUGGUGAAAUCAAAGAGACAGGUCGCUUAGUAGAAGCCGAGAUUCUUGAUGAGAAACGCCUCAAGGAACUCAUUGGCGAGGAUUAAUAAGUGCAAAAUGGCCAUGCACCGGGUGGCGGCAUUGAAGCCUUUCGGCAUCAGAAGAGAACCCCGUCAUCCACCACGCUCGGGUUUCCAGUGUCUUUAGGCAGCAGCAUGCAAUAUGUCAUCAUUUCAAUGCUUGUUCUGAAAUAUCACAUAUUUCAGACUGCCUAGCACCGUUUUGUACUAGCUUAGCCAAGCUAAUUUCAUCCGCAAUGGUUCCCUGUCUCCUAGUGCCGAAAUUCAGGGGCACAACAGAUCCUUCGGGAAAAUGGGAAAAGAAAAAACAUUAGUAGUCUUCUGGCUCCGCUGCCUU